ACUCUCCAACGAGCAUAGGAGGAACGCGUUCGUCCACCGGCGACGGUGGUGGUGGAGAGAUGCGUGGCGCCCACCACAGGGAGCCUGAUCCGCUCUUGCUCUCGAACGAAGAACGAAAAGGGGGUUGGAAGGGUCAGGGGGAUGAGACAGCGGUAUAAAUGUAGCCCGCGCGAGUUCCACCAAUCAUUCGCCCUCUGACCUCGAAACUCUCGGAGCUCUUUAGUCUCUCCCCAACUUGUUUGGCGGUACACCCGAGAGAGAUACGUAGCCCCCUGCUACCAAAAAGUCUCCCUUGUGACGCGAUCCGCGCCUCGUGCGAGGAAGAGAACGGUACCAAGCUACGAAACGGACGCGGGACCAGUGUUACGUGGUUAUAUAUAGCGAGGGCCAGCAGAGCGGCAAGUUCCCUUAUCGAGAUGACGAUCACGUUUGUACAACGAUGCAUAAUCAUCUUCACCAUUGUCGUGUGCUACUAUCAGUCUUGGGUCAGCGCAGUGAAUUGCGAGAGAAAUCCGUUUGAGCCUUCCUGCCGGGGUUCACAGAUAAGGAAACGCUUGACACCAUACCCUUUCAUGCGUACCAUAGACUGUGAAGAGACUGAUUGCAGCAAACUUCCCAAGAUGAGAUUCUUGAUCGCGGUUCUCGAUGACACUCCCAGAAACGUUUAUCCAGCUGAGCUUUUACCUCUCCAUUCGAAGAAGAAGCUGCCGCGAGUCGAUCCACAGGAUGUAUAUACGGAUUAUUGAUUCGGCGAUCACACACGGGAUUAUGUCGACGCUCUGCAAAGAGAUAACCGAUCGAUCGAAUACUUUCCAGAUAAAUCACUCUCGUCCGUUUGAUUACCUUUUAUUAUAUUAUCCGGCCUGACUACACCGCGUUUUUCCUGAUUCUAUACUCCCCGAUAGAUCUCCUCUCUUUUUCCUCUCCUCUUCUUGCAAAUCUGACGAAACACAAAAAAAA